UCCUCCUCCUCCUCCUCCUCCUCUCCCUCCUUCCCCUCCCUCUCCCUCUCCCUCCCCAGCGCGGUCCGAUGGUGCCGAGGCGCGAUGAGCCGCCCGUCCUCCGCCGGCCCCGGCCCUAGCAAGCCCUGCGGGAAGCAGCAGCAGCAGCAGCAGCAGCAGCAGCAUCACGCCCCGUCCCCCGCCGCCGUCCUGCCGGGGCCCGGCGGGGCUUCUCCGCCGCCUCCCCCUCCUCCUCCUCCUCCUCUUCCUCCCCCCCAGCAGCAGCAGCAGCAGCAGCAGCAGCAGGAGCUGACCUCGCUCUUCGAGUGCCCCAUCUGCUUCGACUAUGUCCUGCCGCCCAUCCUGCAGUGCCAGGCCGGGCACCUCGUGUGCAAGCAAUGCCGGCAGCAGCUGAGCCUCUGCCCCACCUGUCGGGGCUCCCUCACCCCCAACAUCAGGAACCUGGCCAUGGAGAAGGUGGCCUCGGCUGUCCUCUUCCCGUGCAAGUAUGCCACGACAGGCUGCUCCCUGACGCUCCACCACACGGAAAAGCCAAAGCACGAAGCCGUCUGCGAGUACCGUCCCUACUCCUGCCCGUGCCCCGGUACCUCCUGCGACUGGGAGGGGUCGCUGGAAGCCGUGAUGUCCCACCUCAUGCACGCCCACAAAAGCAUCACCACCCUUCAGGGAGAAGACAUCAUUUUCCUCGCCACAGACAUUAACCUGCCGGGGGCAGUGGACUGGGUGAUGAUGCAGUCGUGCUUCAGCCACCACUUCAUGCUGGUGCUGAAGAAGCAGGAGAAGUGCGAAGGCCACCAGCAGUUUUUCGCCACUGUGCUGCUCAUCGGCACCCGAAAGCAGGCGGAGAACUUUCAGUACAGGCUGGAACUGCACGGCAACUGCCACCGGCUGACCUGGGAGGCCUCCCCCUGCUCCAUCCACGACGGAGUGUCCGUGGCCAUCCGCAACAGCAACUGCCUCGUUUUUGACACGGCCACCGCGCACCUCUUCGCUGACAACGGGAACCUCGGCAUUAACGUGACCAUUUCCAUGUGCUGUCCGUGACCCGAAGCUGUCUGGACGUAGUUGCUUCACCGGGGGUUUGCUUUUGGUUCCCGUUUUUAAUGCCGUUCAACUAUGUCAUCGUGUACGCUUAAGGUUCCUGACUAGCCAGCAAGUUGUGACUUUGGGGAGAAGAGGAACAAGAGUGUCCUGUAAGUAACAUGAGUGGGACAAGGUCUUUUAAAAUUCUUGGGUGCCUUAGGAAGAUUACACACACACACACACAGUUACCUUUUAUAAUUUAAUUGUAUUUUAUGUAAAGAGUGCUUCCGUUGGACAUGUGGCUUAAGAAGCUCCUGUUUGGAGCGCACCUAAAAGCCCUUUAAGCAGCAGUACAGAUUCGCUCUCUCACUGGUGAGCUCUAAUAACAGGCUGCAGUAUCACAGAAGGGUUUGGGUUGGAAGAGACUUAAAGAUCAUCUAUUCCAAUCCCCUUGCCAUGAGCAGGGACACCUUCCACCAGCCCAGGUUGCUCCAAG